AUGGCUAUUAGUCUGGCAUCGCAAGUGAUAGCAGUUUCUGCGGCACUCAUUAGUCUUGACUAUAGUCACAGAUUUACUGCCCGACCUGAACCACCUAAAGCUGAAUAUGACUAUAUAGUUAUAGGUGCGGGAACUGGUGGUGCUACAGUUGCAGCACGAUUAAGCGAACUGUCCAAUGUUCAAGUAUUACUACUGGAAGCCGGCGGACCGGGAAAUAUAGAAUCGGAUGCACCGGCAAUGGCAAACAUGAUCAUCAAAGGCCAAUGGAAUUGGAACUACACUAAUGUUAAACAAUCGGUUGGUAUCGGUUGGAAAAAUCAAGUCAUACCAGAGCACAGAGGCUAUGGUCUGGGAGGAACUUCAUCUAUUAAUUCUAUGGUAUUUAAUAGAGGCAACAGUCGUGGUUACGAUGACUGGGCUAAUAGAUACGGUGCUACCGGUUGGGGUUGGGAUGAUGUUCACCAGUAUUUUAUGAAAUGGGAAAAUAAUACGGAUAGUAAAAUUGUCAAGGACAAUCCUGAUUGGCACAGUACUAAAGGUCCGGUGCAGGUCAGCUCAUUUAAAAAUCCUGAUCCUAUUUAUCAGUUAAUGGUUCGAGCAAACAAUGAGUUAGGCUACCCGACCACUGAUAUCAAUGGUCCCAAACAGGUUGGAGUGGCUAUUAGUCAAUCAUUUACUACUGUAAGAGGUGUGCGAUCCAGUUCCUCAAAUUCAUACCUUGAGGGUAAACGUCGGCCUAAUCUUGACAUUAGUGUUUACUCACGUGUAAUUCGACUGCUAUUUAAAGGUCUCGCGGCUACAGGUGUUCAAUAUGUUAAAAAUGAUGUCACAUAUGUUGCAAAAGCAACAAAAGAGAUCAUUGUAAGCGCCGGUGCCAUAAAUACGCCACAACUGCUUAUGCUGUCCGGUAUAGGACCGGCACAACACUUACAUCACCACUCAAUACCUGUUUUGUCCGAUUUGCCCGUCGGUGUUGGUCUGAAAAAUCAUCCGCGUAUUGAUUUACGAGUAUUGAUCAAAAAUGAUUCAUUAGUCACAACCAGUCGACAGCAGGAUCUCAAUUCACUAACUGUUCCCAAUCUGUACAAAUGGUUUACAUACGGUUCGGGACCGUUAAGCGAGUAUCACAACACAGUUACCUUUUUAAACAGUCGUAACAAUAAGGAUAAGAAUUGGCCGGAUUUAUCGGUUGAGGUACGACUACUCUAUCAGCCAACUGAUAUCCAAUCAUCGGCUCAGUCUUUCGAUGAUGUUUACGGUUGGACUGAGUAUCUGAAACCGUACGCUAAUAGGUAUUACUUUCAAAUGAUGCCAAUACAUCAGUUACCGAGAAGCUCUGGAUAUGUACAGCUAAAAUCCAGCAAUCCAUACGAUGCACCCGUAAUCAAUCCGAAACUACUGUCCCAUCCGAAAGAUAUGGACGAACUUGUUGAGGUCAUACGUUAUGCUCUAUAUAUGGCCGAACGGUCAUCACUGGCCCAAUACUUAUUGCCAUUGCGUCCGAUUCCCGGCUGUAAUGCCUGUCCGCACACAUCAUAUCUAUACGAAUGCGAUUCAUACAUCAAAUGUCAAAUAAAACAGAUAACGUGGACUGUCUAUCACGACUGUUGUACUGUACGUAUGGGUGAUCCAUACAGUAAGGACACAGUGUUGGACCCUCGACUUAAGAUAAAAGGUUUGCAUAGACUACGAGUCUGCGACGCAUCGGUGUUUCCCAAUAUACCCAAUGCUAACAUAAAUUCGGCCACUUUUAUGGUCGGCGAAAAAUGCGCCGAAAUGAUCAAAGAGGACAACCAUUAA